AUGCAGCUCUCCACCGCCCUCAGCCUCCUCUCCAUCCUCUCAACAACAACCGCCCAAACGAACGUGCACUUCGGACCAGCAUUCUCUCUCGGUCCAACGAAAUCAUGGAUCCGUGAAGCUACUACCACGCUCGUCCUUCCGCGGGUUCCAGGUCAGAAGGAUCGAUUGGCUUUGUGGCCCGGUAUGGGCACUAGUGCUGGUUCGUUGAUUCAAGCUUUGGCUGUUUCUUUCGCGGAUCCUGGAUUGGAAUGUGGUGGACAGCCUGGACAGUGGUGUACUUUUGCUUCGACUUUGCAGGGAACGCAGUUAGGUGGUGAAAGGAAGAUUCCUGCUAGUCCCGGCGCUAGAAUGACCAUUCAUUACGUUUAUAACGACGCUACGCAGCAGUACGACCAGAGCGUUGCCCUCGACGGCACCGUCGUCUCAACUCUUUCCACCACUUCUGGCCAUGCCGAAGGUUGGGGAACAGCGGUUGAAUGCCAGGAGGCCGCUUGUGUCGGUACCAUGGACGCUCACGAUUAUCUUGAUACGACCAUCAUUCUGGACCAGGCUGAUCCCACGUUUGGAAACACCCUUGGUAUGAAUGAGGCGACAUCUUCUGGAUUGAGUUCGCCUGAUGGUGGAAAGACUUGGGCUGUUAGCAAGAUUAGCCACAAGGCUUUUACCUUCAACUUUCCUUAG